UUAAAUAUAUGUAAAUUUUUCAUUUCAAGUAUUAACAUGAUGCAUAAAAAUAUUCUAACAAUAAAUCAAAGAAUAUGAGUGAGCUAACUCCAGAUGAAAUAAGACAGCGUCGCUUAGCUAGACUGAGUGCUGGAAAUGCAUCACAAGCCACCCCACAAAGAGAUCCAUCACCGAAUGUUACAUUAUUAAGUUUUCCAUCUGGUCAUAAUACAGAAAGUCCAGCAUCUAAUGUGAUAUACAGUACUGGAAAUACACCACAAGGCAUACCUAUUAGAUCUAAUCAAUUGUUGGGUGCUAUCCCAUUAAACUUAUGUUCUCCUACUACUAGCUAUAUAGAAAGUAUAAGUCCAGCUUCAAAUGCAGUAUUGUAUGGUUCACAACCAAUGGAUAUUGAUGACAAAUCAAUUAACCAGUCUGUUGAAAAAAAUAACAAAAGACCAUGUAUUAAAAGCACACCUCCUCGUGAUGGAAAGUUAUUUCGAGUUAGUCCCAAAGAAACAGAGGCAGUUUCUGAAGUCAACAACACCUCAACACUUUUGACAUGUUUAGAAGAAAUUUUUCACGUGAAAUUUAGAGCGAGUGACAAGAAUCAGUAUACAUUUAUUGAGGAAGUUUCUAACCAGAUAUAUGAUGGCAAUCAAGUUAAAAGUAUAGUAAACUUUAAAGAUAUAAUUCAGCAAGUUCUGAUGAACAAACUACUUAGAUCAUUUUAUUCACAUGAAAGUAGCACGCCACAAGUUUUUCAAAAUAAUGAUGUUUUUAUUGAUUCACAAGUUGAUAAAACAAGCCCAUCUAAAGAAUUUUCAAAAGCCGGCUUAAAUCAUCAUGAUACUCAUGAACUUCCUUUUGAUUAUACAAUGUUAGAAUGGCGUGUAGCUGCACUUCGAUAUUUGUGUGAUUGUUAUGAGCGAGCAAAAGCUUCUCAGGGAAAAAAUUCUAAUCAACAGUGGAAAGAAAUACUAUUAAAUGUUAAUGAUAUCUGUAUCAACUAUGCAGUCUUAAUUUCACAAGGAAAACUUUCAGAUAAAAUAAUGAAUAAUACUAGCUGUAUUGUUACUCAUUUUUUACUUGAUGAAAAGUAUUAUUUUCCAGCAGAUUUUCUUUCCAGUUUUGUUUCUACUUUAUGGCUCUCAGGUGAUUUUCAACAGAUUUUUGAACCUGUUUUAAAGUCAAUCUUGGAAAAAAUUUCAAGUUGCAGUCUCUCAGAUGAAAGCUUUAAGUACCCACUCAUGGCGCUUUCUACCUUAUGUGAUAUUAAAGUUGCCAAUGGUAUCAGACCACUUUGCAGUUUGAUGACAAGUUUGCAUAACUGGUUGCCACCCCCUAUUUCAAUGGCAAGUGGGCGAGAAAUUCAAAUGUUCUCUUUCCUGGGACCUUUCUUGCAACUCUCUGUUUUCUUUGAUGAUGAUCCUAAAGUAGCAAAAAAGUAUUUUCCUGUUGGCAAGCAAAGCUCAGAUAAUAUGCUGUUAACUCGAUCAACACUUCGUACACACCUUCAGCUUGUCAGGUCUGAAAUGUUCAAAGUGGUUCAUAGUUUAUUGGUAACUUCUGAAUUAAGAGGGCACUGUCUUGAUUACUUUGCUGCAGUUCUAAGUAGAAAUUCAAAAAAGAAUCAGCUUCAGGUUAAUGAAAAGCUUUUGGCAUCAGAUGGUUUUAUGUUAAAUGUCUUAUCAAUUCUUCAGCAUCUUUCUGUGAAAAUAAAAUUAGAUAAGGUGGAUCUCCAUUAUUUACAUCACCCACAAUGCCGCUUAAAUACUUCACAAUUUUCACCAAUUAAAGCUAAAAAAGAAGAAAUUAAUGCAUUGAAAGAAAAACUAGACAAACUAAAUAAUUGGGUUGAGCCAAAAUUUCCUACAGAGUGUUUCUUCCUAACAUAUCAUUGUCAUCAUAUUUCUGUUAUACCAGCUACACGGAAAUAUAUUCAGCGCAUGCGUGAAAUUCGUGAUAUGAAUAAACUUAUUAGUGAGUUAGAAUUGCGAGAAAAUGAUUGGAAACUUGCGCCUUCAGCUGCAAGAAACAGGUUGCUUUUAAAGAAGUGGAAAGCUAAAAUUCAGGUUUUAACAACUCAAGAUGCAUGUGCAGUAACUGGACUUGUUGAUGAAAAUUUGAUGCGUAGAUGUCUUCGAUUUUAUAGCAAUGCAGCUGAGUGGCUUCUUUCUCUUAUUUUACAAGAUAGAUGCGAGCUAUCUUCAGAUUUUCCACAAAAUGUACCAAUAGAAUUUGGAGCACUACCUGAUUACUAUAUAGAAGAUAUGAUAGAAUGUUUAUUGUUUAUUGAUUUUCAUAUGCCUCAAAUUCUUGAUGAUGCGUAUGUAGACAAUUUUGUUCCACUUCUUGUUAUUCUCAUGUGCAACUAUAAUUAUAUUGCUAAUCCAUAUUUAGUUGCUAAACUUGUUGAGUUUUUAUUUGCAAUUGAUCCUUCACUACAACCAAGAGCAUUUAAUUUAUAUCAGAAAAUAACUUCAAACACUAUUGGUGAAGUAUUUCUCAUUCCAUCUCUACUCAAGUUUUAUAUUGAUGUUGAAACAACAGGAAGUUCAAGUGAAUUCUAUGAUAAGUUUGGAAUUCGCUUUCAUAUAUCUGUGAUCUUAAAAGGUUUAUGGAAAAAACCAAUGCACAAACUUGCAAUCGUAAAAGAGAGCAGCACUGAUAAUUUUACUCGUUUCAUCAAUAUGUUAAUAAAUGAUACAACAUAUUUACUGGAUGAAUCUAUAGACACACUGAGAAAUAUUCGUGAUAUAGAAGAUGCUAUGGCUAAUACCAAGGAAUGGGAACAACUUUCUAGUGAAGUGCGCCAAACAAAACAACGCCAGUUAGCUACAGAUGAGCGACAGUGCAAAUCUUAUUUAACACUUGCUACAGAAACUGUGGAUAUGCUUCAUUAUUUGACUGCUGAGAUUAAGCAACCUUUCUUGCAACAGGAACUUGGGGUACGUUUAUCUGUCAUGCUAAAUUAUAAUGUCAAGCAAUUAACAGGUGACAAAUAUAAAAAUUUAAAGGUAAGAAACCCUGAAAAAUAUGGGUUUGAACCUAAGAAGUUGUUGGAUCAAAUAGUUGACAUAUAUUUGCAUUUGGAUUCUGACGAGUUUGCUCAAGCUGUUGCUGCAGAUGAACGCUCCUACAGAAAAGAACUUUUUGAUGACUGUAUAACGUUGUUACAAAGAACAGUUCUUAAAUCACAGACUCAGUUAGAGCAGCUACGUUGCUUUGCAGAUAGAGUAGAACGAAUUAUUAUAGAAAACUACAAAAAUGCAAUCGAUCUAGAUGAUGCUCCUGACGAAUUUAAAGAUCCUUUAAUCGAUACUGUCAUGUUUGAUCCAGUGAUCCUGCCUAGCGGUACAAUUAUGGAUAGAUCAGUUAUUUUGAGACAUUUACUUAACUCCAAUACUGACCCUUUCAAUAGACAAAAAUUAACUGAAGAUAUGCUUAAACCAGCAAGCGAGUUGAAAGAAAAGAUACAAGCAUGGAUAGAACUGAAGAAGUCAAAAAAACAUAACGAGAACUUGAGUGUUUAUAAAGAACAAUACGAAUUGUAUAAUUAAGUAAAGUUAUUUUAUGUGUUUAUAUAAUUAUAAUUAAUUUAACAUUAAUUUCAAUAAAAACUUUAUUUAUUA